UUGAGAGUGAUCAAAGCCACGGAUUCUCCGAGAAAAAUGCAUGUGCACCAUCAUCUCAAGGGCUUCGUGGCCUAAAACCCCAGCCAACCCAGGUCUGGAAACCCAGCUUUAAAGGAACCCUGAAGUGAGCCCUUUGGGGAUGCAUAGAGCCACGUCUUAAAGGGCUUGUGUAUUAGGACUCAAAAACAAACCAGCGAAAACAGAAAACACCUAUAAUAAGGACUCAGAAGAAAAUGGGAGAGUUAACCCAGCAUCCUGAUGUCUUAUGACCAUGUGGAACUUACAUUCAAUGACAUGAAGAACGUGCCCGAGGCCUUCAAAGGGACCAAGAAAGGCACCGUCUACCUUACCCCUUACCGGGUUGUCUUUCUGUCCAAAGGAAAGGAUGCCAUGCAGUCCUUCAUGAUGCCCUUUUAUCUGAUGAAGGACUGUGAGAUCAAGCAACCUGUGUUUGGUGCGAACUACAUCAAGGGAACAGUGAAGGCUGAAGCAGGAGGUGGCUGGGAAGGCUCUGCGCCAUACAAGUUGACCUUUACGGCAGGGGGAGCCAUCGAGUUUGGACAACGGAUGCUACAGGUGGCAUCUCAAGCCUCCCGAGGUGAAGCCCCCAAUGGAGCCUAUGGGUAUUCUUACAUGCCCAGCGGGGCCUAUGUCUUUCCCCCGCCAGUCGCCAAUGGAAUGUACCCCUGCCCUCCUGGCUACCCCUAUCCACCGCCCCCACCUGAGUUCUAUCCAGGACCCCCCAUGAUGGACGGGGCCAUGGGAUAUGUGCAGCCCCCACCACCGCCCUAUCCUGGGCCCAUGGAACCUCCUGUCAGCGGCCCUGAUGUCCCCUCUACUCCUGCAGCUGAAGCCAAGGCGGCAGAAGCGGCUGCCAGCGCCUAUUACAACCCGGGCAACCCACACAACGUCUACAUGCCCACGACCCAGCCUCCGCCACCUCCCUACUACCCCCCGGAAGAUAAGAAGACCCAGUAGACCCCUCCCACCCCUGCUUCCCACCCCUCGUCACUCUUCCCUUCCCUUCCUCUUGGAGCUGAGACUGGGGUUCGGGGGGUGAUGGAAGGGCCUUGUUCUUCCUCCAGGUGUGAUUAUAAAACACUUCCCAAGGACUGGUGUUGAGGGAAGGGGGGGCCCCCCUGACUCGGGAGCCGUGCCUCCCAGCUUCUCAAGCUAUAGCUCAGAGCCCACUCAGUCGGUGCCGCUCGGUCGUGCUUCCCUCUCGCCACGCCUGGGGCUCUGUUCAGGAGCGUGAGCGUCCACCUCGUUCCCGUCUUGCUCUAGUAGUUUCUCCCCACGGAGACUCUCUGGCCACCUCCUGUACCGCAGUCCAGCUCCCUCGUUUUGGAAUCCACUUAAUACUCGGCCUCGUGAACUCCCUCAGACCAGCCUCGUGUCUUCCUGAGGGCCCCUGCCAGGCCCCCCUCACAUUCCCUCCACUCUGGUCUGUGCCUCACCAUGGAAACCGGACUGUCAGCCCACAUUCCAAUCCCAGCCAGCCUCCAGCCCCGGUCACACUCUUCUUCCCCUCCCUGUCCUGUCCGACGUCUGUCGCCACCGCUUUGUGACUUUUUGGAGCUUUAACGUGAGCUUCCAGGGGGUGGGCCGCCUCAGGACCAGGCCGCCGCGAUGGGGAGGGAGCCCACUGCUUCCCUCCGAGUGUUUCUGGCAUUUGUUUCCCUUUGCCUUCUCUCUUUUCUCUCUAGAAGGGGCUUCUCAGACUGGAUGCGUGUUCAUCCAUCCCAUCAUGCCAUUUGGGGGCUGCUGGGUGGGCUGGAACAAAGGCCCUGACCCCUGGGGCCUGGCCUGAACCUGUGUGCUGACCGUGACCUCUCACCAGCCCCUCACCCUGCACUCUUCCCUUUAAGCUUCAUGCCUAAUUGGUGAUAUGCCCCCUGGAUGCACUAAAAUUUGCUCUCAUUUGCUUCUGGACUGGCCGUGAAGUGAGGAGAUGGUUAUUUAAAGAGAAUUCCCUAUUUAUUUGACAAAAAAAAAAAAAAAAAAAAAAAGAAAGGAAAGAGAAAGACAACAACCAGUUAAUAUAUUAACGUGAAAUAAACCCUGUUUGCACCUU